UGGAGCCAUGGCGCGUGUUUUGCUCAAAAGUAAAUCGCGUUAGCAACAACAAGGAUACGCAGGGCUCAGCUUUCCACCAGGGCGACCCACAUUACUUAAAUUACGAACUACACGCAAAGUCAGAGAAAGCCGAGCCAAAACAGAGAACAGAGCAGAACAGAACAGACCAGAACUGGGAAAAGUCACACACGUUAGUUAGUUAGUUAGUCACUCCGUCAGUCAGUCAGUCAGUCAGUAAAUCAGUCUGUCAUCCAGUCAGUCAAUCAUUAGACGAAAUGCCUUAUGAGUCAGCCCCAGCCACAGCCAAAGCCCCAGCCAAGAGAAUACCAGUAUGGGUCCCACAGUCGUGGGUCCGUGGAUUCGUGGUUCUAACAUUGCGUGCACUUGGGUGGAGUCGCAAGAGCGGCCAUAUUGAGGGGGCACUGGGACAGGCAGGACGUGUUGCAUAUUUCUGGGCGUGUUUGGCUGCUAGACAAAAAUGUCGUUCGUAGCGAAAUUCCCAGCAUUCCAAUGCUGUGUUAAGGACAGACAUUGAACAUUGAAACACAAGCAUUUGUCUGGCACUGCCCUCGAAGUAAUGAUUAUGACCUCUCUACUCUCACUCACUCACUACACACCCUCCGUCGCCGUGCAGCCAACGGCAAUUGCACAUAAGUUGCAACAAGCUGUGUAAGAAGCAACAAAAAGCAAAAAAAAAAAAAAAAAAAACAAAAACAAGAAAUAACAUUGUAAGCGAGGCGAAAGGCGUUGCCAGAUUGUUGGCUAACAACGUAACAACAACUACACCAACCAAUGCGUGGCAACAACUACAAACACAGGACCACAAACAACAAUAGCCCAAAGGGCCAAAUGAACGUUGGCUAGGUCCGUCCGUCUGUGCGUGGCAGGCAGUGUGGCAGUUGUGUCGACGCGCUAGGGUACUACCAGAGCGGCAUGCCCCAGUGUCUGGGCCCCAGAGCUGCACAGCAACAGUAACUACAGUAGAAGAAGCAGCAGCUACUUUGUGCUGGCUCAAAAUCCUGUCGCUAAUUAGUUGGCACUUGUGUGGAGCGUCAGAAGAUUCCAUUGAACUGGCUGCGGAGUUAAAUUUGUUGUCAUAACAUGGGCUGCGUCUUUGAAGCAGCCAAAGAGCAGCCCAACAACAAAAAACCACAAACUAGAGCAGCCAGCAAGCAACUAAGAAGGAAUCAAUGCGGUGCCAGAGGAGCCACAGCGACAACAACACGACCAGGCAGGGCGUCCUCCACAGUCAGAGUCGUGGAGGGUGGAGAGACGGGCGGAGCAACGACAACGACAACGCCAACGCCAACGACCACAUUGCGACCAGCUGAGGACAUCAAAAUCAAGGAUAACUAUCAACAAAAUCAUAAAACGAAAACGCAAACGCAGACGCAGACGCAAACCGAAACAACAACAGAAAUUGUCGUCGAAACGCAAACAGAAACAGCAAACGCCAAACAUCUAAAAGCGGGAACUCGAGUGCUUUUAACGAUACAACAGCAACAACAGCAACAACAGCAGCAGCCCCAGAAGAACAACAAGAACCCCAGUCAAGUGGCGCACAAGGACAAAGAAGAGGACGACGAGGACGAGGACGACGAGUUGGCGACGACACACGGGACGACCAUUGUCGUCGAUAGAGCAGCAGCAGCAGCAGCAGCAGCAGCGGCAGCGGCAGCAGGAAUCGAUAUUGAGGCAACAACGAAGCAAAACCAAACACUCUGCCCCAAUUGCUUAGGCCACAGCCCAGAGAUAAGCAGAGAACGAGAUCGCGAUCGCGAUGAGCAGCAGCUGCAUCGUCAAAAUCGUCGCCGGAGACGGCUACAUCCGGAUGCGGAUGCGACGGCAGUUUGGGGCCGGAUUCGGCCAGGCCUUGGCUCCACCGCAGUGGUUGCUGCCACGCUGGCUGGCAUUUCAACGCUCUCCCUGCACGAGAUGCUGCUGCAUGCGAGAGCUGCCCUAGCGACCUCGCUGCAGUGGCAGGUGGAGCAGGGGCAGGACGACCACGAGCUGCAGGAGCAGGAGCUGGAAGGGGAGGAUCCACGCAAGCAACCACUAGCCUACCAGCCGUGGCGGGACACAUAUGCAUCCUCCGGCAUUCUGCCCGCCACAAUGUCAGCCGCAAUCAUAGCCAAUGUCAGUGCAACGGCCGCCGCCACAUCGGCGGCCGCCUACCAGUAUCUGGGGCAGCACUACAAGCACUAUAGCCAAUCGUUCAGCUUCUAUGCCGCCUCCAGUGUCAUCCUGAUGCUCUGCUAUCUGACCAGCACAUCCACGGCCGCUGCCACACAGUCGGAGACGGGUGCCCUCGACAAGCAUCCCAUUCAUGGCAUCGAUUGGUCGAAAUUCGACGAGUCCAGUUCGGAUAAGGAGAUAUUAGAUUUACUGCUUGAGAAGAAGCGCUACGACAAACGAUUACUGCCGCCUGUAAAUGAUGAAGACUUUUGCUGUGGUUUACAAUCGCCCGAUAUGGCAACAAAUCAAAAUCCACGGAGACCCCACAAUCGCGGCACCCUGACGGUCAACGUGAAUGUGCUGCUCCUGAGCUUAGCAUCACCCGAUGAAAGCAGCUUGAAAUAUGAGGUGGAAUUCCUAUUGAACCAGCAGUGGAACGAUCCACGACUGCAAUAUGGCAAUAAGUCUCAUUAUGACUUCUUAAAUGCUCUGCAUCAUCAUGAUAGCAUCUGGACGCCGGAUACGUAUUUCAUUAUGCAUGGCGAUUUCAAGGAUCCCAUCAUACCAAUGCAUUUCGCUUUAAGAAUAUUUCGGAACGGGACCAUUACGUACGCAAUGAGACGACAUCUGAUUUUAUCCUGUCAGGGCAGCCUACACAUAUUUCCAUUCGAUGAUCCCAAGUGCUCCUUCUCCAUGGAAAGCAUUUCUUACGAGGAGUCACAGAUCAAGUAUGUUUGGAAAAACGAUGAGGAUACUCUGCGGAAAAGUCCAUCGCUGACCACAUUGAAUGCGUACUUGAUUAAGAAUCAAACAACGCCCUGCGAUCAGAACAGCUGGAGAGGGAACUACAGCUGUCUUAGGGUCGAUUUAAUUUUUACCAGAGAUCGUGCAUUCUAUUUCACCACCGUUUUUAUACCUGGCAUUAUAUUGGUGACGUCGUCCUUUAUAACAUUCUGGCUAGAAUGGAAUGCCGUGCCAGCUAGAUCGAUGAUAGGUAAUUACAGUUGCCUACAGGUCGAGUUGACAUUUACCCGUGAUCGUGCGUAUUAUUUCACAACCGUUUUCAUACCUGGCAUUAUAUUGGUCACCUCGUCGUUUAUCACAUUUUGGCUGGAAUGGAAUGCAGUCCCAGCCCGGGUUAUGAUCGGCGUGACAACCAUGUUGAAUUUCUUCACUACCUCCAACGGUUUCCGGAGCACUCUGCCGGUCGUCUCCAAUCUAACGGCGAUGAACGUCUGGGACGGGGUCUGCAUGUGCUUCAUCUACGCCUCCUUGCUGGAGUUCGUGUGCGUCAAUUAUGUGGGCCGCAAGCGGCCGCUGCACAACGUCGUCUAUCGGCCGGGCGAGAAUCCCGUAACACAGCGUCUUCCAGCAGUACUAAGCAGGAUCGGAGUAAUUCUUGCAAGUCCUUUGGAUAUAAUCGAUCGAGAAUUUCAUGCUGCUUUGUCCUCCGAAAAGGCCAGCGCCGCAGCCACACCGGGCAUGUCGAUGGCGGGCACCCCGGCUGCCGGCUCCUCGUCGGCGGCCACGCCCGGCACGCCGCGCACUGUGGAGGCUGUGGAGGAGUUCUUCGGCGGCGGCAUGCGCUGGCAGGAGGCGCAUGGCGGCAUCAUUGGGGCGGCAGUGCAAAACAUACGCGCUCGAUCCAUCAAGCGGAAGGCGGCUAGGAGUCCAUCCACAUCCACAUCGCCAACGGCCGCCACUGGUGGGGGUGGAGUGACCAUCGAGCAUAUCUAUGAGGAGCCUGGUGGAGCCAGUGGCACAGCUAGCUCUACUAAGGUCAAGUUCAAGGAUGAGCAGCAGGAGGAUCAGAAGGAGGAGCAGGAGAGCACCACAUCCUCGCUGCGUCGGUCGGUGGCCACCAGCACCCCGGCUCUGGUGGUGCGCAUCGAGGCGGAGACUGAGGCGGAGCAGCAGCAGCAGGGGCAGGAACAGGAUAUGGAAAUGUUGCAGUUGCCGCAGAAGCCACCACGCAAGAAGCCAUCCCGCUCCAAUUCCCCAGCCUCGGUUUAUGGCGAAUGCGGUGGCAUGAUGGAAACUCCCGGCGAGAAGAGGCGCGAUGCUGGCGCUCCGAAUGAGAUUGUGGCCUGCACCACCUGCGGCGGCAGCAACAGUCCGUGCACCCAUUCUGCAAACAAUGGAUGUGCCACAGAGACAUGCUUCGUCCAGGUGCGCAAAAAGGAGCCACCGCAUCCGAUACGAGUGGCCAAGACAAUCGAUGUCAUCGCUAGAAUUACAUUUCCAACUGCUUAUGCCAUUUUUCUGGUAUUCUUCUUUGUACACUACAAAGGAUUCUCGUAAAAUUAAGCAAAGCAAAAUAAGCUGCCUAAUGAUAAUGCAUACAGCAUACACUAAAAAGUACGAGUACGAGUACAUACAUAGAUAUGCUGGAACACGACACGCUAAAUUGCAGAGCUACGGGAAUACAUAGGUCCGGAGACGUAAUCGUUAUUCGUUCGUGCCACGAGUACGUUUGGGAGUUCAGGAGUAAUCGUUUACUAAGUUCUAGGGCCUUGCAAAGUCAUUUAAUUUUAAUAUGUAUAACAAAAAGUGAAACACAAAGUACAUCUAAUUACCAAUUAAUUAUUCUUUAAAUGGCAACAAAGCAACAGAGCAACAGCAACAGCAACACAUGACAAAACCAAGUGAUAAAUACGUCAAAAUGAGGAGAAUUAGUUUAAACUGAGUUGUUAGUGGGGGAAAAACGAAAGCGAAAAUGAAUGGGAAAAAGAAAAGAAAGAAAAAAAGGGAAACAAAGUUGAAUGAAUAAGUUGUUGAUAAUUAAAUUAAAUAUAUAAUAAACGAAAGAGAGUUACAUUUACGCAAAGCAAAUGAGCAAAACAUACGAAAGAAACAAUUUCGACUGCCUGUUUUUUUUUCUAAAUAGUAGAAACAAAAAGUAAAUAAAAAACACAACAAAACAAGUAAACAAAACUUUAAAUUAAAUGGCAAAUUUUUGCAUAUGCUCGAAAAUGCAUUAGUUCAAAUUGAAACAAACCAAGAACACUGUCUAGAAAUUGUAAAAUAAAUAUUUAAACAAUUUAUUAAGCAAAGAAACUCAUGCUGAAAAAACCAAAAAACAAGAAGAAGAAAAAACCGAAAAGGAUAAAAGACCUAGCCUAAAUAAAAAACUUUGAAAUUAUGAAACUUAACACGGAAAUACAAACCAAAAAAACAGCUUUAAGGCUUUACCUACUCGAGUAGUCCAAAACGUACAGACCUACAUACAUACAUAUUUAUAUACCUACAUACAUACAUACAUACAUAUAGUCAUACAUGCAUACAUAUAUUUACAAUUCUAGUCAGAUAUUUAUUAUCAAGGGAAAAUUAAAUUUUGAUUUGUUGAAAUGCUUCCGCAUCUGUCAAAGGGCAACCCCCCCAAAAAAGGAAACCCCCAAAUUGUUAAUCAUCACAGAGAUUCUUCGUUAUAUUAUGUUAUUACUAUAAUUGUUUUUAUUUUGAUUAUUUUUUGAAUAAAUGUUCGAUCUAUGAACCCGAGAACUCUUUUACUCUCAUAUGAAAUUUAUAGAAAAGAAUACCGCCGCUAAGUAGACCACAGAAAAUGCUUUCCUAACUAACUAAAUUGUAGGUGAAAUACGAAAGUACAUACAUACAUACAUACACACAUACCAUUUCCACAGAGCCCACAAAAGUAUGCUUUAAAAGGGAUCGGAACCCACAUACAAUAUGUAAGCCAUCGAAACACCCUAGGGUAGGCCACACACAAUUUUUUUGUAAUUUGCCAGAGUUUCGAGUCGAGUAGAUUCGAUUCGAAUUAUUUUUCGCAUCAUUCGAAGCAUUCGAUUUUUCAGUAGCGACAGGAAUUGCCUAAACAAUUUUAUUAAAAUACAUAUCAAAGCUAAUAGAAGAAAACCUUUAACAAAGCAACACAUAAAUACACACACACACACAUACAGACACAGAAAUAUUUACAUCAAAUGUAAGACAAAGAAGACAAAAAUCUAUAAAGCUCCCAUAAGUAGCUAUGAAGCAUAUGCCAACCCAACUAUCACUCACAAAAUAAACACCCAAGUAUUUUAGAUAAAAUGUAUGUCAAACCAAAACAAACACCAAUGCCCUGCAAGUCUUUGUAGAACUAAUAAGAACUAAAAAAAAAAAUGUAUGAAACAAACAAAAAAAAAAAACAAAAAAAAACCUUAAAAAGCACAACUUAAAACUUGAACCUAAACCAAAUUUAAACCUUGUGAUAAACAAACACAAAAAGCAAACGAAAAACUAAAAAACUAAAAACUAAACAAAAGAAAACCUUUGCAUACGAAAUUUUAUUGAAAUUAAUUGAGAGCAGGUUAAUGAGGGCCACCGUUACCAAUUGUUUAAACAAUGUUACUUAUAGAUAACACAACAACAUGCGUAUACACCAAAUGCUUUUUGCAAAUAUAUAAAUUUAUAACUUUAGGGAUUUGUAGAUUUUUUGGAAACUUUUCUUUGCAUCGUUUUGCAAGUUCUGCGCAAUUUUCUCUCAUUUAUAAAAAAAGAAAAAACCAAACAUAAAGAAACUAAGCUAAAAUUAAAGGAAGAAGAAGAACCCAAAGACAAGGACAAUCUUUUUGCAAUUUAUAAAAACCAAAAACGUAAUCUGAACAAAUGAGAACGCAACUGAAAUAUGGGAAAACCCGUUGAUAUGAAAAUGCAAAUGAAAAGGAAAAAUGCUGAAGAAUUCGGAGCCUUUUUUGUAUGCUUAGCUGCUUAUAAGAGCCACAAAUAGAACAGAACAAAAAUAGAAGGUAUAUAAAUAAUAAAUUCCAAUUCAUGGCGUCCAAAAAGAGAACAAUUUUUGUUGCAAAAAGUAUUGAGGCAGAUAUGCGAUAGGAAUGGGUGGGAAUAGGAUGGAAAUGGGAAAUUGCUGAAUGUGUGGCCAAUGUAAGAAAUGUACAAAUACAAUACGAUUGAGAUAGAUCCCUAAAAAAAACAAUAGGUAUGUAUAUUCGAUUCGUUUUGGACUACCAAAUCCGAACACCAGUAGCCACCGCUUUGGGGGAAAGUAAAGGAAAGGAAAGGUGCCUUCUUUAAAAGAACUAGAACAAUUUUUUGAUUACUUAUGUAGAGGGUUAGAUGGUUUCCAGCGAAACACUGUUUGAGUUAUUAUGAAUAGAGAGCGAGUGUGCCCCAUAAGAUCCUUCUAUAUGGAUAUGUAUAUGUAUAUGUGCGCCCCAUUAAGAGAUUUCAGUUCGGGAUUGUCUUCUGUUCGAAACUCCUCACAAGCUAAACUGCUGAUAAAAACAAACAAAAACUAAGUAGAAGCUAAACCAAAGACCAGUAAAACGAUAAACGUAAUACAUACCAUACAUAACAUACAUACAUCUAAAUGGCGAAGAUCUACCACUAACCACUAACAAGAUGCAUUAAUAAAACUAGCAAAAAAUUCAAAUAAAAAAUAAAAUAGUUGUGUAAGCAAAUUAUAAUCUAGAUUUCAGCAGAAGUCCAGAAUAACAGAAUAGCAGAAUAGCAGAUUAAACUCAAAACCACUUUUUAAAUUCUCAAUAUCGAAAAGCUUUAUAAUUUGUAAUGCUAAGAAAAUACUGUAAAUAUAAAUAACAUAAACGAAUACACUAGUUUAAUAAUUUUAUCGAAUAAAAUAAUUUUCAUUAUGAAUAAUAUAUUUGCUAUUUAUAGGCAGAAUUUGUUAUAAAAGAAAAUAUACAAAACAAAACAAACAAAAACAAAAACAAAAACAAAGGAAGGAUGAAAGGAUGAAAUUGUCAAAGAGCAGAGAGCAUUAGAGCAGUUUAAGUUCUCAAAUUUAUUUCACAUACAAGUAGAUUUCUUAAAGAUCAAUUACAAAAAAACCGAAACCGAAAUGAAACCAUGCAAUGCAACAGGCAACGGGCAACAUGCAAACAUAAAUUAAUAAUAAUAAUAAUAGCAACUUUUUUUAUAAUGCACAAACCUUGAGCAUAGGCAUAAUAAGAUCUACAAAUUUAUUAACAUUGCAUCGACAAAACGAACAUCCUGUAAAUACACCGGAAACAUACAUAAACCAAAUGCAAAACGAUAUGAUAUGAUAGUUAUAAACGACAGAAUAUUUGAAAAGAAAUAAUGGAAAAAGCAACCGAAACCGAAAUAAAGCAGCUUCGCAUUAAUAAAGAUCGUCUCGUCUCAACCAGAAAAAACCAGAACAAAAACAACAACAAAAUUAUUCAAUACA